CUUCCCACCUCCGCCCCCGUUGGGAUCUGUCAGGUCCUUCUCGGUACCUGGGAUUCUCUGCCUCGUCCUGUCUCGAGUGUCUGGCUGCUCGCUGCUGCGAAUUGCCCCUUAGCGAGGACGCGGGUGGCCAGGAACCGGAAAUGGUAGGUCUCUGUUGACAAGGCCAGCCUAGGACUGAAACAGACUGAGUUUUCCACAGCUUGACACCCUGAAGCAGUCGCUUGGCCAUCAUGGGACUGCAGAAGACUGUGGCUGCACUCGGCUCAGAAAGGCAUCUAAAGACUGGAAGAGAUGAUGCUGAUGAUCCUCAGUCUAUGAAGGGUUCUGUGUCAUUUGAGGACAUAUCUGUGGACUUCAGCUGGGAUGAGUGGCAGGACCUGGAUGUUGCUCAGAGGACACUCUACAGGGAUGUGAUGCUGGAGAACUACAACAGCCUCAUGUUUUUGGAUAAAAACAAGACAGUCUGUUCUACAGAAGGAGUUCCGGAAUAGCUAGAGCUUCACAGAGAAAC